CAGCACAAUUGAGAAUCUGUGGUGCAUUAAAAAAAAAAAAAAAAAUCCCACCUAACACCCGAAUCCUCAUCAGCUGAUCACCUCUUUUUGACGUGUGGGCCUCUGUGAAUGGUAUUGCCCGAGUUCUUUGGUAGUAUGAUGUGCAUUUUGUGUAUAUACAUAAAUACAGCACCUGUACAUUCACCAAGCUCUCACACAUGCACAUACACAAGUAUACACUGCUGGACAGGAGACCUUAACACAAACAAAUAUGUUACACUGUUAAACUGGGAAGCAAAACUAUCUUGGCACCAUACCAUUCAAACUUUUAAUUUUCUUCUUAGGGAAGGGGUGGAGGUGGGGGAGGAGCUGGAAGAAGAGAUGGGAGAAACAAGUAUGGAAUACACAGACGAAAGUCAGGAUUUUGCAGGAUUCUAGCACCGUCGUUUACAUCUCAGAUUCAUAAAGUCAGCAAGAUAAUCAACAGGAUAUUAAGUUGCAGGCCAUCUUUGAUUCAGUGGUCUCAGCUACUCCUAGGCUAGGUGAGCCUCCUUCUGCAAAACCCACCUAGAACAAAAGUUCUUUGUCAGGGCUUCAGAAGAAUGUAAUGUAAAAGAGGAAAUUGUGAAAAUCUCAGCAAAUGUUGUAACUUUUAUAUGCCAUUUUUAAGAAGAGGGGUAAGAAUGGAAAUAUCAUAAGAUAAGGCCCUCUCCAGUCUGCUAAAAGAACUUCCUACAGUUAAAAUUUACUGUUCUGAAACUGGACUUAUUAAAAAAAACUCCAUAUAAAAUAUAUGCUCUCCAGCAGUUUAGAGAUAGGGAUGGAAAUAUGUGUGUAUUUGUAAAAAGAAAGACUGAAAAAAAAAAAAGUCAUCAACUACUUCUACUUUUGCCCCAGCAUUGGUGAGCGGCUGUGGUUUUGCAAAAAGGGAGAGAAUUGUCCUUACUUAUCUCCUCUUUGCUGAUGGGAGUGUUACCACUACUGCAAAACAAAAGAAAAAUAAAAAAACAAAAAACCAGGAGGCAUUCGCUGACGUAAUUAUUCUGAGGACCAUUAUCCUUUGGGCUCCCAGGCGAACUACAUCCAGGGAGGUUGAAUACCGAUGACAAGCGAGCAGCUUUCCAAUAAACUGCAGUAUUAUUGCAAUAGACUUUGUAAUACAAUUUAUUCUGUCAUUCAUAAAUAACAAUGCCAUAUGUCAGCCAUAUUGCUUACACAAGUAAAUCCAUCAAACGUGUCACCGUUUGAUUUAGCCCAACAGCUUCUUCAAAUAUUGAAGUAUAGAUACUGGAAGAGAUGUUGAGUAGGGGACUCCUCCCCCCAGAUUUGAGGGUUUAAAAAACUGCAUACCCUCCUUGUUCAUCCUUUGUCUCCUGUUUUAAAAUACCCUAAAGGAUAGGACAUGUAGGGAGAAGAACUUCUUGAGAUCAAUAGAAAUAAAUAUUAGGUGGUUAUAUGAACCUUAAACACUUACAGGAACCUUAUGGUUGUUGUUUUCAGCUUCUGAGCAUAUUUUAGAGCACAGUGAUGUGUUUCCCAUGAAAUUACCAAUCCUGAUGGUCAAAUGCAGGUCAAAGGCCUUUCCCCAACAACUUCUAUCUCUGAGAGUAAAACUGAUUGAUAACCAAAUAGGAGUAUGAUGACAGGCCAAUUUUACACAACAUAUUCCUUAGUAGUGGGGAGGUAGAAAAGGUGACAAUUUUUCAACAGCUUUUAGCCAUAAAGGUCCAGUAGACAAGGAGUGGGGUCCAAUUCUAGACUACCCAAACAACAUAAAAAUCCACUGGAAUCCAACAUUUCAGUCCGGCCGUCUACCUUAUCUUCAUUAUGUUCUGCAUGCAUCAGAGAUCAUAAACUUUAGCAAGAUGCACAUUUUUGAAUACAUUCAGCCAGCCCCUACACGUAUGCUGAGGACUCAGCAGGCACUCAGGAGGGUGAGAAAGAGAAGCAACCCUUGGAGAAGCACUCAAGAGUUCUGUAAAUCGAAGGGGGAGUCAAGAGUAAUAAGGUCCCUGAGCCCAGCAGCAGCGCCUCCUGCAAGGCGGAUCUCAGGAAGGGUGGAGGAUCCAGUUCCUGCCCAAUUUGGCUAGAGUGGGCUGGGCCAGGAGAGGUGUUUCGGGACCUUGCUUCCUACACUCCUGGUGAAUCUGAUUUGGGAAAAGCCCUUGAGCCUAAAGUCCCCAUGACUUCUGGCCCUGACAGAAGUCCACUAAAAUGGUGCUUUGCCCAGCUGGCCCAUCUUACAGAGAUAUCUGCGUGGACCACCCCCCUGCCCAGUGUCCUCCGGCAGUCUGCCUCCCUGGCCCUAGUUAAGCACCCAUUGGCUCCAUUGGGUUGGGCUUCACAGGGCCUUGGGUUCAUCUGGUAGCUCUGGGUGCCCUGCUCACCCUUGAACCCACCUCCAGCAUGGCCAAAAUCACCCCACCAUCCCCAAAUCACCAAGAACUCAGCCUUUCUGCAAGGAGUCCGUUCUCUCAGAAACCACGCGGGACCAGCCAGUUGUAAAGCAAUUGCAGGGGCAAUAAAAGGCAGCUGGGUGGGUCCCCCACCUUCUUUCUUGUGCACCCCACAGUCCCCCAAUGGCCCUCUCUCCCUGUCUGCAGAAACAAUCAAACAAAGCCUCAAAAGCCAGGAAAUGUCCAAUUCACUUCCCUUAGAGUUUAUUUAAUUGCCCACACUCAUCGCAGGAAACUUGGCUGUGUUCAGUGAGGAACCGAGGGCAGCGCUGAGCCGGGGAGCUGCUGUCCUCCCUGCACACAGCUGGAAGCCGAGCUCCCAAGCAUCCCCAGAGACCAGUCCCGUGGCCUCCAGGCAACUGAGCUGGAGCGUGGCUGCCGGGUACCAGCCAGCUGGGCAUUCACUGUGCCUCUCACCUCCUCAGCCUCUCUUUGUUUAGGGAUGGAAGGAGGGGGGGUUGGGGUGCGACCCAGAGGUCUGGAAAUCCAUGGCCUCAAAAGCCUGCGUCCACUCCAAAAAGGGUAUUUCUGUGGCUCACCACGUCGCUGCCUCGGUACAAGCACCUCUGCUGUGAAAAGUGCAGACAAGGGCAUGAGUUUAGGGCAUUGCCCUGAUGACCAGCACCACCAUCGAAAUUUGGGGUUAAAUCAACAGAAAGAGAACUAGCAUUUGGAUGUUUAUAGCCCCCUGCUUUUUAAAUGAAUACAUUAUUUUCUUCAACGCCCUGGAAAUUGUUGGUGUUUAUUUAGGAAGUGUGACACAGCUAUUGGGCCUUUAGAAACUUAGCAUUAAAGGGGGUUUGAUUUGGCUUCCAAAAAGCUUGAAAAAGAAACAGUGCACCUGGGGUCAGGCAGGUCAUCACAAUAACAAAAAGCGCGUCUACAAAAUAAAAAGCUCUUUUAUAAAGAAAGGCAAUCCCGGAAAUCCACUGCGAGCCUUCCUGAUGACCAUCUAGCUAGGCCUAUUCUCAGGUUUAAUUGGCAGGAGGUUUAUUGGCGCCUUAUUGGUGUUGAUUGAAAUUUUGCUCCCAGUCCUUUCUUUUAAGAAUUAGCAUGUCAAGUCGAUUUACCUGAGUCAAUUAUCUUUUUUAGGGUCUGAGUUUGGUCAUAAAUUUGCAAAUAUUCAUUAAACUCACUUUGUAAAUAUCCCUCUUCCCAGUGACUACCCAAAUCUGUUAUUUCCUUAAAAAGUAUUUUUAAAGGCUUCCAUAAAAAAAAAUUGAUCAGGGAGCUAUAUGUGAAUUAAGACAUAUUAAAUCGAUGGCAGAUACAUAUCACGCUGUGUUUAACAAGAGUUGUACAAGGAGGCGGGUUCCAGAUUCCGCACGGCUGUGCUGCAGCAUUAUUCACAUUUUUACAGCCUUUCCUUCAUGCCUCCACCCAUUAAACCAUUAAAUUUCAGCAAUUCAAUAAAACAAAGCAGUUAUAAUUUUGACGAAAAGCUAUUUUGAAGGGGGUGGAGGCACCCAUUUUAGUGCACAAUAAAAAUGCUCAACAGUCCAUAUUGUAGCCUAGGUUGUAUUUAUUUUCUUCUUUAUUCUUUUUUGGUUUUUGUUUUGUUGUUUUGUUUUUACUUAUAAUCUGUAGGAAUGAACUCAAAGCUGCCAUUACUGCAAGUAUAGAUGCUCACUGCCAAGAAAUUCAAAUAAAGGCCACUCAUUUGAAAUGUUUUGAGAGGAAAUGAAGACAGUGGUGAUAAUUCCCAAUAUGAUGCUUUCUUUAUAAAGGAUGGCGUGGGUCUCCACCGACCUUCGUUGUUUUGUUUUUUUUUUUUCUGGUACUGGGGAUCGAACUUGGGACCGUGACCUUACAAGGCAGGCGCCAGAACCACUGAGCUAAAUCCCGGGCCCUUUGUUUUUUCUUUUUUUUCUGGUUCCACCGACCUUUUUGUGGUUGGCUUGAGAUGUUUCAAGUCUUUGAAACAAAAUGGUGAAAGAACUCAUCCUCUUCAAAUACAGAUGUGGAUUUUGUCAGUGUUGCUCAUUACAUUUUUUUUUGUUGGGUUUGCACUCGUGCCUUUUUUAUUUCCCUAUAUUUGAACUUCAUUUAAGCUUAAAGAAAAAAAUCCACCUGAAAUUUGAUAGUAUUAUUCUUUGUUUGCUUGUCAGUUUUAUAAGAGAAAUGACAUUUCCAAGGCUCAUAGGGAAGCUCUCCACUAAGCACCAGUGUCAACGGCACUAGCGAAUCAAUUCUUUUGGAAAUAUUUCUCACUUCUUCCCAGGACCAUUGCCCAAUGAUGGCUUUGUGUGAUCUAUUUUACUUGUAGCACAAGCAAACGAGUAAAGCUGGUGACAUAUUUCAUUGUUAUCUCCCAAAGGAGGGGGGAAAAUCACAUUCUAUUCAUUAUUGCUUUUUUUAAGAUUAAUUUGUGGAGGGAAAAAAAAGAAAAACUUUUUACAUUCUGACUUUAAUUUUUUGCCAUUUUGGAACAUCACGUGUUUUACAAAUGUUUAUUUUUUUAAUUCUGAAAAAUGACCCUUUGGGGCAGUAAAACUUGUGUUUUUCGGGUCUCACAUUUCUCUACUCCUGAAAGUGACAUAAAGACUCAUUUCUAUUUUUCAAAAACUGAUUUGGUAGCAAACCGCCGGAAAGGGAUGGGUUUCCUUCUUUUAAAAGCCGGUUUUUAUGGUUUUCAAAUAAGACAUCUCAGUUGAUUAGAAAAUGAUGAGGUGAAAGCUUAUCCUAUUAGCAGACAGGUAACGAAGCUACUUCUUGCUCUAAAAACACCACUGGAUCUAUUCUAGCUUGGGUCCCUUUCACACAAUCUGGGCACACAUGUGGAGUGAGCUCUGGGCAGGAGGAUAAUUCUGCUGCAAGGCCACUGCUUGUUGGGCGGCUUCUCUCUGGGGAGACGCCGUUUGGUCCGCCUGGCCACUGCACCUCCGAAAGGCAACAGCGUUGCUGCCCGAUAUUCCCGCCGCCCCGCCCCUCCGGUAGAUCUAAUCGAAAGUGGCAGCUCUAGAACCGAUGAGUAGUGAGAUUACAAUUCUUAUAGGGCUGGGGAUUUAGCUCAGUGGUUCCGGUGCCUGCCUCGAAAGCGCAAGGUCCCAAGUUCGAUCCCCGGUACCAAAAAAAAAAAAAAAAAAAAAAGAUUACACUCCUAGGCAACUCCUUUGAACCAUGCUGAAAGGAACUCCAUGAGCUAAAAAGUCGAAGUAAAACGGUUCCUCAGGAAAAUGAUUUAUUUUGACUUCACCUGUUUUUGCGGAGCCAAAUCACUCAAGUUGUUUUGCAACCAAUAGACUUUAAUAAAUCUUCCUCAUUCCGUCUCCUGUCUGCGCCCCGCAUGAGCGCUGGGCAGACUGGGUGUCCAAAUAAAGUUUAUAGCAUCACCGGUACAGGUAUGAUGACGGGAUAUCCACUUUUCUUCCCAGACAGCAGCGCAAGGAUCAUCCAAGAGAGGAGGAGGUGGUAAAGGAAUCUUGGGUGCUGCGAGGGCCGCUGUGAGCAGCGAGGAGGUGGGUUUUGAAGUUGCAGGUCCUCUGUCGCCUUUUGCUCCUUGGGGGGGUCUCCUGCCCCUCGCCCCCCGGUGCAGCCAGACUGCGUGCUGGCGCGCGCACUCCGAGAGGUGCGUCAACAGAGCGUAGGGCACUGCGCGCGCAGGCCCAGCGCAAACUUUCUGCAAGUGCAACUCGGGCGUCCCCGGGGAGGCGGGGAUGCAGGGUUCUGGGAAGGCGGGGGAGCGAAGUGAAAGCGCAGGCGGUCGCGAGCACGGGGGCGGUUCCCUGCUGGGCCGAGGCCCUGAACGCGAGCCAAUCGGACAGCCGCGGCUGCUGCCAAUCACGCGGCUCCCUCCAAUCCCACCCGUACCAUUUCCAAAAUCUCGGUCCCACUGUGCAGCUCAAAUGUGGCGUUCACUCUGCCAAUCGCUGGAGGACAGAGUGGGAAUAGGAAUAAGCAGAGUUGGGAGACCAGGACAAAAGAAGUUAUAGAGCCCCUAAUAUAUACAUGUUUUUGAAGGCGAGAAGAGGGAAAAAAGUUCCCCCAGUGAGGGUCUAUGGGUCUGAUCAUGUAGUUCUGAUGGAGCCCCCUUUGAGCAAGAGGAACCUGCCAGCGCUGAGAUUAGCGGAUUUGGCAAUGGCUCAGGCCCAGCCGCUCCAGAACAUGACAUGCUUCCCGAUGCUGGCCUGCCCGCCCGCCCACUCCCAACUCCGCGCCUCAGUCGCGCAUCUCCACCCGCGGGACCCGGGCGCUGACCCCGGCGCUGCCGUCCCCGCGCUCGGACCUGAGCACAUGGCCCAGGCUAGCGCGCCAGGCCACAGCCUUCCUGCCCAGGCGCUGCCGGCGCAGGCCGAGGCUCCAGCGGCCGCCGUGUACACGGCAACCGCAGUCGCACAGCCCGGCUCCAGCACCCACCCGGCCGGUGAGGGCAGAUGUGGAGCGCAGCCCUCCGCGCCCCCGCCCCCAGCCCCACCUCUUCCUCCCUCCCCUCCCCCUCCUCCCCCUCCCCCGCCCCCUCCUCCUCCUCCUCCUCCUCCUCCUGUCCUCUCGGGCUACACCACCACCAACAGUGGCGGCGGCGGCAGCAGCGGCAAAGGCCACAGCAGGGACUUCGUCCUCCGGAGGGACCUUUCCGCCACGGCCCCCGCGGCGGUCAUGCACGGGGCCCCGCUCGGAGGGGAGCAGCGGUCGGGCACCGGCUCCCCCCAGCACCCGGCCCCGCCUCCCCACCCGGCCGGCAUGUUCAUCUCCGCCAGCGGCACCUACGCGGGCGCGGACGGCGGCGGCGGUCCGGCGCUCUUCCCCGCGCUGCACGACGCGCCGGGAGCUCCGGGUGGCCACCCGCACCCGCUCAACGGCCAGAUGCGCCUGGGGCUGGCGGCGGCCGCUGCAGCCGCGGCGGCCGAGCUGUACGGCCGCGCCGAGCCGCCCUUCGCGCCUCGCUCCGGGGACGCGCACUACGGGGCGGUGGCGGCCGCAGCUGCCGCCGCCCUGCACGGCUACGGAGCCGUGAACUUAAACCUGAACCUGGCCGCGGCCUCGGCCUCGGCCUCUGGGCCCGGGCCCCACCUGCAGCAGCACCAUGCGCCGCCCCCGGCUCCGCCACCGGCAUCCGCGCAACCCCCGCACCACCCCCACCUCCCAGGGGCGGCCGGGGCCUUCCUGCGCUACAUGCGGCAGCCAAUCAAGCAGGAGCUCAUCUGCAAGUGGAUCGACCCCGAAGAGCUGGCGACCGGGCCACCGCCGCCACCGUCCCCGGCCCCCGCCGGCUGCGCCAAGCCCUGCUCCAAAACUUUCGGCACCAUGCACGAGCUGGUGAACCACGUCACGGUGGAGCACGUGGGCGGCCCGGAGCAGAGCAGCCACGUCUGCUUCUGGGAGGACUGUCCGCGCGAGGGCAAGCCCUUCAAGGCCAAGUACAAGCUCAUCAACCACAUCCGCGUGCACACCGGCGAGAAGCCCUUCCCCUGCCCCUUCCCGGGCUGCGGCAAGGUCUUCGCGCGCUCCGAGAACCUCAAGAUCCACAAGCGCACUCAUACAGGGGAAAAGCCUUUCAAAUGUGAAUUUGAUGGCUGUGAUAGGAAGUUUGCCAAUAGCAGUGAUCGAAAGAAACAUUCCCAUGUCCACACCAGUGACAAGCCCUACUACUGCAAGAUCAGAGGCUGCGACAAAUCUUACACUCACCCGAGCUCUCUGAGGAAGCACAUGAAGAUUCACUGCAAGUCCCCCCCACCUUCUCCAGGAGCCCUUGGUUACUCAGCAGUGGGGACUCCGGUGGGUGCCCCCUUGUCCCCUGUGCUGGACCCAGCUAGGAGUCGUUCCAGCACUCUGUCCCCUCAGGUGACCAACCUCAACGAGUGGUAUGUUUGCCAGGCCGGUGGGGCCCCCAGCCACCUCCACACACCUUCCAGCAACGGAACCACCUCCGAGUCUGAAGAUGAGGAAAUGUAUGGGAACCCUGAUGUUGUGCGGACGAUACAUUAGAGUGUAUUAUUAUUAAUAGAUGAAAUAAUAAGUGGGAGUCCUUGGAUCCUCUCCUAACCUGAGACAAUGCCGAGCCUGAGACAAACACAUGACUCAGACUUGCCACUGGUCUAAUUAGCCCUAUUUAUUCAGUAUGAAACCCUAUGGUGUUUGUACAUUUAAUUAAUUUAAUUAAGAUAUUUGGGCUUUUUUUUUCCUUUUUCUGAAACAAACAAAAAACAACCAAGCUGGACUUGUACAUUACAGGGGGACAGGGCUGGGGGCAAAUUGUGCCAAGGGAAAUGAAUGGAGAGAUUACUUAAUCAAGAUACACACUGCCGAUACAAUAUGUGUGUGUGUGUGUGUGUGUGUGUGUGUGUGUGUAUUUAUAUUUUUCAAGGUGGGGAAGAAGAGCAUUAAGUCAAAACUUCAUACAGCAGCCAGGCCCUCUGCACUUUCCAGAGUGCCUUUCCAAUGCCUUUGACACCAUGAUGUGGACUGCUUUUGAGCCUUCUUGUUAGGCCCUGAUUCUGCAAAGGCCUCUUGGUUGUAAACCACACACUUGCUGCACUGCCAACAGAUUCCUGCACUCUGGCUGUGUCCAAAAGUAUUUGUAAAAACCCCUCAAGUUCUAAUAUUUAUGGUGUUAAAUUUCCACGCUUUUAUUACUGAUCUCACCUUAUCACAGUAUUUUUAUACAGGAUUUUUUCUUCAGGGCCUUGUGUGAUUUUUUUUUUUUUUAUGUGCAGCAACCUUAAUAUAUCUCCAUAUAUUCUACUGUGAUUGUGUAAGCAAAAAUGGAGAGAAACAAAAGCUGCUGCAAUAAACAACUAUGAAACUGUGAUCUUUUAUAAAAUAGAAGAAAUUCAAGUGCUUUCUUUUUCCUCUCUGGUUUUUUUUUUUUUCUCCUUUAAUCUGAAAUCUCAGAUGCUGCCUUCUUACUGUGUCCAGACUUCUUGUGUAAUACAGAUUAUGUUUUUGAUCAUAAGUUCUUUGGGAUGCCAACAUUCACAGUCAGGUCUGUGGAGAUGUGAUGAUGGCAUUGCCUGUUUUUCAAAUUUUUAUUUCUUUCGGAAAGCUGUUUUUAAAACAGGCCAACUCUUCUUUUAUACUAUUGUGUCAACCUUUUUUUAAAAAAAGUAUAUUUUAAUGCCUGAAACUUCAUUUUAGUGCAUUUUCUUCCACCUGAGCACUGAGCACACCAAACUCUCUUCCGUUUGAAAAUGACAGUGUGAAGUAUAUGAUUUACAUUAAAAGAGGGGAAGGAGUUGCUAUACAUAUUAAAAUUUUUAAAAGGUUUAUAGUUACCACCAAACACUGAUGAAUGUGUGACCUUUGCCAGAGCUGUCAAGCUAGGAUAAAAAAGGUCAAGGACCUAGGACAAUAACUCUUAGUCAAUUUAUUUUCAGAUAGUACAACACAUCUCCUGUGCAAAAUGUAGUCCAUCAGAAACAUCAUACAAAUAUACUAAAGAGCACUAAUUUAUCCUCAGAGACCCUGAAGACACCCCCUCCCCAGGGUUUGUAGAAAUGUUUUGUGUGCUGAGUGGUUGAUGUAGUCUUGUCAUUGUUAAUAACUUGUAUGUGAACACUUUUAUUUGUACAGUUGAAUUAAUUUAUUUUCAGACAUCAUCCUCCCCAACCCCACCCCUGGAAGAGUUCAAAACACACCAAAGAAUUAUAUUACACAUUUUGGUGAAAGAUUGUCAUUUAUGGUCCAUGGUUUGUUUUAAAAAAUAGGGGAAAGAAAAUGGAAAAAUAUAUUUUUAAGCUUACUUGAAUGAAAAGUGAAAUGUGAAAACCAAGACUCUUCCUGCAUGUCUUUUUUGCAUUGUGUUGAUGAGAUUAUAUAUAGUUUAUAGAUAUAUUACUAGUACAGUGCAUGGUGCUGUCAUUUGGAAGCCCUCAAUGUUGUCUUCAGAUUGUUACAGUAAAUAUGAAACAUGCAGACCCUCCUUUAUAAAGAAAAGACCAUAAAACUUGAAUAUAAAAUAAUUCUACAGUUUUAAAGUUUAUUUGAUUUUCAUAUUAUUCACUUUCAAAGUCCCUUUCCAAUACAAAAGUUAUGGUAUGAAUGAGGGGGGGAUAAUUUAUGUAUCGUAAACUUAUUAGGACAAAAUAUUCCUGAUGUAUAAUGAGUUGUUUUAUUUAUACAACUUUUUCAAUGGUAGUUUGCACUAUUCUUUAUUAUGCUACAGGUUUAUUUAUUACAAAACAGAAGAAUGUAUUUUAUGUGUUUUUGCCAUGCAUAGGUUAAUUCUGCCACAGAUUUAUUGGCUCCUGAUUCACCUAAAAUGAACGCUGUGUACCUCCAAUAGAAAGAAAGCAAAAGUGACUAUGAAGUAAAAAUGUAAUAAAGGUAUUCUUCCUAUGUAUUGCUACAUUUUA